GACAGCAUAUAUAAAUAAGUUCAUAUGCUGUCAGCUUCAGAGCACUCUGGAGAGGAUCAACAUCAUGGCAUUCCACAACUUGUGUCUGCUGCUUUUGUGUAUGGUUUCAGCAAGUCAUGCAGUGCGCAACUACCACGUGCUUAUCAAAGGUACAGAACUGAAACAUGUUCAUCCGGGGUAUUACAGUGAAGACACAGAGUUCGAGAUAAACAAGUACAAUGAGACGACCGACUCGAUAAAUGCAGUUAUGGACCUGCUACAAGACCUUCCAACUGAUACUACAGUCAAUAUUCAGAGUUAUGAACUGCAAAACAACAAGUGGCAAACAAGUGUCGUGCAUAUUAACCAAACCUGGUGUGACUUUAUUACAAGUGAUCCAUAUUUCAUGGAGGGCAUAAUAAGACAGAGUAACUAUCCGGAUAAAUGCCCCAUCACAGCUAACACAUUCAAGAUAGAAAAUUUUGUGAUUGAUGAAGAAAAACUUCCAGAACAGGUACCUGGGGAAUACUGGCGAUAUGUCUUCCAGCAAUUUGUCAACAAUGAAUGUGUUCUUGAAUUCUUAUUUGAUAUACAGAUUCAGAGGACAAAUAAGCUAAUAUAGACACUGACAUGUACCAAAUGAUUAUGAUAGCUGACAAUAACAAUUGCAUUUUAGAGUCCUGAAAGUGGUGUCUCUUAAUUAAAAUGAGACACACAUUUUUAAAGAAGGAAUUAUAUCAACUGUACCAAAAUGUCAUAUUAUUUCUGUAAUAAACCAUGUAACUUACAUGACAUUUUUCCACUUCCAUAAUGUACUAUAACAAAAACAAAGAAUAUAUUUCGGAAGAAAGGCAA